AUGGACACUCUUCCGAUAUCCCUGACUUGCGCUCAGUGCGCUCGGAAGUUGGGUGAUCUCGUAGCGCAACUCCCUGUCAAUGACAUCGAAGAAACAUACAAAGAAGUAGAGUUGACCGCCCAACAAUUAGCAAACGGGCUUCGUGUUCGAGAUGGUCCUGAUGACAAUCACACGAUGUUGGGAAAAACUUUGUUACCUCAGAAUCUCACUACUUUACUCAGCAGCGCGUUGAACGGGGCGCUUAUCCCGAGUGCUAGUCGUACAGCACCUGUCUUCGAGAUUCUUCGUCAUGACCAGAACCGGGGGCACCUCCUCGAGGCAGGUUUCCCCCAGGCUGUCGUAUCCUUACUUGAAGGCUACACAGACACUCUUCCCGAGGAACCUCAAGCGGAUCCGUUUCCUAUGUCUAUUGCACAUUUACAAGUUGUGAAGACUGCUGUCGGAGUCUUGCUGAAUGCUACAUUGACAUAUGAACCAGUGAGAAACCGUCUCAUAUCCCUGGAGGUUGCGAAGACGAUUUUCCGGCUAUCCACAGCCAUAUACCCUCCCGCCGCAUGGAUGAGAACCACUUCCAACCUUCACCUUCCUGACACAUCACCAACUGACAUCACCUUUGAUUGUAUCGCCGAAUCUUGGUCCAUAAGAGCCGGAUUAUCGAGCUGGGCAGGAAGGUUGAUAUCAGAACUUCAAGAUGAUGUACACCCUCUGUUCUCCCAAGAAGUGUUACCAUAUCUCGUCCAAUCACUCAUCGCCUUCACGCCACCACUCUUGGCUGCACCCCCACCCCCUCACUUCGCGGAACCUUCUCAGCUGCGGACGACUCUUCUCAAUACAGAUUUUGACCUUCUAUCAGAAUCAUGCUCUCAUCUCGAGUCAUCAGCGCUUGACGUGGCGGACGUGCGUCUUUCGCUGGCACGUGGCUUUACAUUUCCCGCAGAACACCAUGGUGUUCCCUGUUUUUCCGCCAUGCUCGAUUUUGUUGAGAAGGGAAAAUAUCCUCCAUUGUGGUAUGUCCAGUCUGAGAAUGGUCUGGAGGGCGGGGACAUCAGUAAGAAAGAGAAGGCUUUCGAUGAUUGCAAGGCUGCCGUGAUCAAGGCCGUCGUCGAAGUCUCUGGAGACGAUAGGAAUCUCGAUUUACUGUGGGAUGACUCAGACGAGGCGCAGCCGGGAGGAGAGUUUGUGUCACGAAUGAUCGACUGGAUCAGAGCUUUCGUCAGCGGUGAGACUUCUGGCAAUGGAAGAGAUGACCUUGUCAUUUGUGCCACUUUAUCUCUGGGUAACAUAACACGUGGAGAAUCUCACUCAACGAUUCUACUCUCUCAGCCACAUGAUAUUGCUCGACUCCUCUCGUCGGAUGCUCUGCUCGCUCCGUCCACUGACAUCAAACUGAAGCAUGGUGUCAUUGGCUUAUUAAAGCACUUGGCACAGUCCUCAUCUCAGAUGCCAUUUAAUCGUGCAGCUCUCAGCGCCGCUGGUGUCAUCCAGCUCAUACUCAGGAGCGGCGUUUGGGAUGACAGAAGUGAUUUCAUGCUUGAAAUAGUCCAGGUCAAUGCGAUCGGUGCUAUAAAGCAUUUGUGUAACAACAGUGUGGAUAACGCUUGCAACUUUAUACUGGAACCCGUGGAUAGCCAAGACCCUCCUUCGACAGGUCUGUCGCAGUUGCUUGCUCUUGUCAAGCGCUCCGACACAGUCGCGAUCAAGAGCGAAGGUACACGAAUUAUCGUGAAUCUGAUCAGGUCGCUCUGGACGAGCGAGCGUAGAGAUGAACUAAUCAAUGAGGAGGAGCUACGAGCUAGACAACAGAAGCGGAUGAAAGCCAUGGAUGCCUUGCUCACUCCAGCGUGCGCAGAAGCCCUGGCUGCCCUUAUCGGAAGAAGCGCCAAGCACAUCAUCCUCAUCAAUGAGGGCGUAGUGGCAUCAAGUUUGCUGAGCAUGCACCGCGACGGAGGUGCAUUAGUUCUGAAUGCUUUGACCGCUCCACUACCAGUGGAAGUGACGCCGUCUUCGAUGGGGUCCGCCCCAGUGUCUACAACAGCUUCCACUAGCAGUGAAACGAUGGACUCCCCGAUCGUCUUUUCUCCAACGGGCGCACCCAGUAAGAUACCAUCCGUUCGAUUUGCCCUUGAUCAGCUCGUCGUCUCUUUAAAGAGCGAGUCUACUCCUGCCGAGGUCCGAACAAACAUAUGUGCGUUCUUAGGCCAGAUCAGUAAGCGUGGAACCGGCGAUCAACUUCAGAGGCUGAAAGAUGCCACAAGACCAAUUCUUGAAGAGUUGGUUAGUGUCCACGGACAAAGUAUGCUUGGGAGUGCUGCGAGGAAGGUGUUGGACAUGUGGAUAUCGGAGUGA